AGAUGGCCGGCCGGGUAAUUCGGAAGGCUCUUUUGUGGGUGAAAUAAAACCAAAACAAAAAGAAAAUUUGUGUUUUCCUUCGUGAAAAAUGAAUUUCCCAUUGAAAAGUUUCUUUAGAAUUGGUUUGUUGUCUCAGAGGUGUUAUUCUGAGCUGAAGGUCGGCAGGAAUUACAGUACAGUGAAGAGAUUUUACAAAAAUACCAGUAUAUCUUCAGCCGAUGGAAAAUUCGAAGUGUUACUGGACCAGAAGAAACUAAAGACACCCAAUGGGAAGAUUUUUCAGGUGGACAGUGAACCCUUGGCCAUAGCUGUGGCUACGGAAUGGGAUUCACAGCGGGGAACAAUCGAUCGAUCUAGUAUGCAUCUUACAUCGCUUUGCAACACGGCUAUUGAUAAUCCCAAUCACCUGACCAAGCUGGAUCUCACAAAUUACAUCGUCAACUACCUGCCCACGGAUACAGUGUUGUUCCAGGCCGGAGAGGAGGAGGAUUUGGCGCCAGUUCAGGCAAAGGAAUGGGAUCCGGUGAUUGCGUGGUUCAAUGAAAGGUACGAGGCUGAUUUGGAGAAGAGCCGAGACCUCAAUACUCCGCAGGUAUCCGAAAAGACCCGGAUGAAUGUGUCCAAGUAUCUGAUGUCACACAAUGAAGCUGCCCUGCAUGGAAUAACCUUUGCUGUGGACAGUUUAAAAUCUGUAAUCCUCACCUUUGCCACAUUGGACAGGUUCCUGACCACAGAACGAGCUGUGCUUCUCUCACGGCUCGAGGAGGAAUUCCAGCUGGGAUUCUGGGGCCGUGUAGAGUGGGCACAUGAUUCCAGUCAGCAGGAAUUGCAAGCCAGAGUUGCAGCAGCUGUCCUUUUCGUCUACUUCAACAGCUCCGGAAGCUUCGUGAAACAGAAAAUGGCUCUUUAGAAAUAUUUCAAAUAAAAUAAAUCCUAGAAACAAA